AUGGUUUUAAUAUUAAUGAAAUUUUUUUUGAAAAAAAUUAUUGAAGAUGAUGAAGAUAAACAAUUUGUUAUAGAUAAAAAUGAUUUUUAUUAUUUAAUUCGUUGUAAACCAAGAACAAAAGCUAAUAUUGGAUUUAAUGAUAUUGAAAGAAUUCAUUCCGCAGCAUUAGCUUUUAAUUGUUUUCCAGUUGUUGUAACAAACAAAAAUUAUUCCUUUAAAGCAAAAUCUAUCGCAGAAAAAAGAAAUGUAAUUCUAUCUUUUGAUAACACAAUUAUCAAUGAUAUAAAUCUUCAUAUUGAAAGAAAACUUAAUGAUGAAGAACUUAAUAUUCUUUCUAAUAUAUUAUACGGAUAA